AUGAUUGACACUCCUUUGAAACCUGCGAGCUUUUUUUUUCUUUCUUUUUCUUUUCUUCAAAUGAUAAGUAAACUUUCAGAAAACCCAACGUGGGAACCAAAGUGUACUUUCUAAUAUAUAUGGCAUGUGCUAUGUUCUCACAUGUAAUUUUUGCAGAUCCUGGAGAGGCAUCAAACAAAUAUUUCUUUUGUAGAUGAAUCUGAUUGUAAGGAAGAGUGCCAAAAAAAACCACACUUGUGAAAAAGGAGCUGAUAAAGAGGUGUCGCUCUUCAGGGUCAGCGACGGGGAUUUGCAAGACAGAAACAAACAUCAUAUCAAGAAGUUCAGCAUGUGUUCAAUGUUAAGACAACAUGUUUCUGUUGGAGCUAGGGACUUUUUUUGUUAGUUUAAGGCAUUUCAUUUAGUUCAUGUGGCAGUAAUAUAUUUAAGGGUCUUAUGGGGCUUGUCCUGGUCUGUGUGUCUUUAAGUGCUUUGUUGAAGACACCUCAGGAUCAUUCUAGCAGCUAUUGUAAUGUAAUGCAUAUACCGUUAACUCUGGCCAUUCACUGGGGUGAGAGUGGGUGGAAGGUAGUAAUGUGGGGGAGGUGACCAAGGGCCCAGAUAAGAGAGUGAGGAAGGCCGGAUUCAGGUUUGUGUAUCUGGCUGGGUGAAGGAGGUGAAGGAAUCUGCUGCUGUUUCGUUUUCAUCAUGGCUGCUGUGCAAACAGACGUUUCCCUGUGGUCGCAACCUUGGGAGAGGCCUUUGUCCAUCUACGGAGGGUUGGUGUGUAACUCGCUGAUGGCUGACUUCUGGUCUGACAGAACUCCGCUCCAUGAAGCGGCCUUUCAGGGCAGACUCCUCCACCUCAGGGCCCUUAUCGCUCAGGGCUUCCAUGUUGACACAGUCACCAUGGACGGGGUCACGCCGCUCCACGAGGCUUGCCUCGGGGGUCGUUACGCUUGUGCCAAGUUUCUUCUGGAUAAUGGAGCCAAUGCAAUGGCAGUGUCAACAGAUGGCGCCACACCUCUCUUCAAUUCCUGCAGCAGCGGGAGCGCUGCCUGCCUCAAGCUCAUCCUGCAGCACAGUGCCUCCAUCCACACCACCUACCAGCUGGCAUCUCCAAUCCAUGAGGCUGCCAAGAAAGAUCACCGAGAGUGCCUGGAGCUGCUGCUGGCCCAUGGAGCUCAGAUUGAUCUGGAGCUGCCUGACGUUGGGACGCCACUCUACUCUGCCUGCAUGGCCCGGGCUGCAGCCUGCGUAGAGGUGCUGCUGUAUUCAGCAGGAGCAGAUGUUCAGAUCGGAUGCGGGCCGGACAGUCCUCUGCAUGCUGCAGUUUUGGGGGGAGGAGCUGACAUUGUGCAUCUUCUCCUGGACUUUGGAGCUGAUGGGUGUCGCAGGAACGCCGAGGCGAAGACUCCUCUUGAUCUGUCGAAGCCAAACAGCUCAGUGAGAGCUGCACUGCUGAGCAGAGGUCCCUGCUCUCUGUCUCAGCUCUGUCGCUUACGUAUUCGUCGAAGUCUCGGAAAGAGUCGUCUGCACAGGGCCUCGAGCCUCUUUGUCCCUCACAGUAUCAAGGACUUCCUCCUCUACCAAUGACACAUCUCUGCCGUCCUUUGCUUUUUUUUUUUUUUUUGCUUCGCCUUUUCAAGAAGAAAGGAUAAAAGGCGUCCACAUUCAGAGAGUUUUCAUCCAUAGCUUCAUAAUUCAGAUGCUUUUAGUAUUGUAAUAACAGCUUUCUGAGAGCUGCUCAAUGAAAUCUUUUGGAUACAAGGGAGGGACGCUUCAGGAUAAGCUCUGUUCAUCCUGCAGGGACUUUAUGUGUCAGGUUUUUGUAUUUUUGUACUUUCUUUUAAGCGCUCAUGAAUUUUACAUGAUUCCAACAUGUUUUUAAAGUUGAACAUUGCCAAUUUUACACAUCAAAGUCUUUUAUGUUUGGGAGUACUUGUGCAUAUAUUAAAAAUAAGUUGUAUAAAAACUAGCUCCACAGGAAGCUUUGUGGAUGUCAUUUGAAUAAGCAUCAGCUGGGGGUGAAAACUGCAGAUCAGACCUUUUUGUAGCUUUGUAGCAACCACAGACUGUGUGCCUAUGAGUACAACACAGGAGAAUUCACACCACUAAUGUUAGAGAGUUGCAUUCUGGGUAAUGCAGGUGGCAAGUUUUGAAAAAACAACAAAAAAAACCCAAAUCUUAUGUUAAAAUAAUUUUUCUCAUAAAUGUUUCUAAUGGUUUUGUAAACUUUGAAUGUGGCCUGUUUUGUUCACAUUUCUGUGUUUUUAUUUGUGGAAUCUUUCGUAGUGCCGUUAGUACACGGGCCGAGGUGGCCAUCACACAUCAUCUCUCUGACAUCACACAGAGUAAGACUGAGGGUUUCUGUGCACCUCACACGAUGCUUUAUAACUGCUUUAAUUCUUCGUGAUGCUGAUUCAAAAAGGCGCCUGAAACAUUCCUCAUACAGUUUGGUCAGUGUUGAUAUGACAGCAUCACACAGCUGCUGCUGAUUUUUCGACUGCGCAUCCAUGACAUAAGUCUUGCGUUACACCACAUCCCAUCGGUGCUCUGCUGGAUUGCGAUCUGGUGACUGUAGAAACUGUUUGGUCACAGUGAACCUGUCGUCAUGUUCAAAAAACUAGUCUGAGAUGAUCUGAGCUUUGUGAUAUGGAGCAUUAGGACAGUAACUAACUGAACUAAAUCAAAUAAUACAAUAUAUUACAAGGUUACAAAAUAUAACAAAAUAGCCCGAAUUAACACAAAACACUGUAGUUAUACAUUUUCCAGUAUAUUACACCUAAUUAAAUAGUUGAAGUUGAGGUGCUUCAUAUCAUGUUGGCUUUAUUUCUUCUGUAGAGGAUGUGCUGCGGUGUGUAUUUGUGUGCUUUAGAUGGAGGUGGAGGAAUUGUACUGCAAGUUAGCCACAGGCAGAAAUGAUUUCCUUUGUCGGUCAGUGGUGCAUUUAGGGUAAUCCAAGUCUUUCACUGACUGUGCUCCUGUGACUGGACCUCAUGGAGUGGCUGGGAGGUACUGUCUGGCAUUGUCCUUAUCUUGGACAACAAUACUCAGAUAUGCUGCAGGAUAUUGGUACCAACAGGCCCAAGAAAAUAUCCGCGCACCAAUAAUCUCCAGCAGCCUUAAUCAAUGAUACAUCAUCUGAAUGUUGCAGCAGAAUUCCCAUCAGACCAGGAAACAUUUUUUUUAAAUCUUCUGUUGUCCAGUUUUGAUGAUCUUGAGUCAAUUCUAGCUUGAUGUGUUCUCCUGCUGCUGUUGCUCGUCUGCUACAUUUCACUGUGGAUUCAAGGAUGUUCUGCAUUUCUUUGUCUUCUCUGAGUCACUGUUGCCUUCCUAUCAGCUUGAAACAGUCUGAUUAUUCACCUCUGAAAUCACCGAGACAUUUUCCCCAAGAGAACUGCUGCUCCGUGGAUAUUUUGUCCUUUUCAUUCAGUUCUCUCAGCUGGAAAUUCAACACAGCAUCUUGACCAUUCCUACAUGGAUAAAUUUACUGAUUUGCUGCAAUGUGACUGGCUCAUUAGAUAUUUCUGCUAAAGAGCAGUUGAAAAAUAAAGUGGGCGGUGAGUGUAUUUAUGUCACAAGACGCACCUCAGACACCAUCCUGAAGAGAACAAAGCUUCUGGAGACAAACUGUUUUAUGCUUGAUUACGACUGAGCUGCGUGUGAAUGAUACAUUUGUGUACUUGCAUGUGCUGUGGCUCAAAAUAAGAGUUUAAUAAUGAGGGGCAGAAAAAUAAAAACAAAAUAUACUGAAGGAAAACAGCAGCUGCAGUAAAGGAUCCAAAUAACUGAGGGUUAGAGUGUGUUUUGUGGCUGAUGUUGCUCAGGGGGAAUUAAUUUUCUGACUUCAAAUGUCACUCUGAAAGGUCACCUCUGCAAAGACCUGAAAGAACUUGUUGGAACAGAUUUAACUUGACGUGUCUUCACCAAGACAGCAAAGAAAAACCUGAGCCUUCAGAAAAGGCUUUGUAAGGGCUGUAUAUAGCAUGUACCGCUCAUUUGUAAAGGUGUGCAUUAUAAUGAGUCUCCUGCUGCUCAGUUUGAAACUUACCAUCAAACUCCUGAUAUAAAAUUAGGCCUUAAUUCAUUGCUGAUUCAUUCAGAGAUUACAAAAAACCUCAAUCGGGCAAUUAAAUAAAAUUAUUACCAACAAGAUGAUUUUAUGUCUCAGUUCUGAGCUCCGUUCGGUCGAGUCGCUCGUUAGGAAAAGGUCACACAAGCAGCUCAGGGAAAGACUUUGUACUGCGAUACAGACGAACUCAUCCCCAGGUUUUAUAUUUAUUUAGGUUUGAUGAAAUGCAAAAAAAAGGUUGCUUAAAAAGGAGAACUGGAGAUAUUAAUACAGCAAAAUGUUGAGAAACAAGGCAUCCGUUAUUUCUAAGUUGAUGCUGGACUAAUAAGGCCAUUUUAUGUUUGUUUAUUCUUCACAUUUUUACAACAGUACAUUAAUUUUUGUUGGGAUUGACAUUCUUACUCCGACAAAGGACGACACAGAGCGGUUGAGGUUAUAUUUCGUGACUAAAAAUUAGUCACAAAA